CCACUCCAGUGAUAAAUCCCAGAUAAUUGAAGGGGAGGAUGAAAAGUUGAGAAAAAGGGAGGACCACAAAGCAAAGUGGCAGCCAUCGUGCAUGGGCUAAUGCAUGCUGUGCUUCAAAAUGAUUGUGCAACCUAGAGGAGGAGCAAUAUUGUAGAUGUAGAUGUUGUGUCAAAAGAAACAUGCACACCAAGAGCGUGGUCACGAAGCCACUUCAUUGGAGGGGCAGUCAUAGGUCAGUUCACGUGGCGCUCAAAGCUGUCGCCACUUGGGAUCCUUUGUGUUGGGAUUGGCAGCAUUCUGGUUGCGACUUGACUACCCGGCGAUUGUGGAAUACCUGCGGAGUGGCAAUGGAGGAUCCAGCGAACGAGGUGGAGGGGGUGGUGCGCUUAUUGGUAGAUAAGCCGACCUUGUUGCGACAAGCAGAGACUUUGAAGAAGUACUUCACUAAUGAUGUGGAAUUUUAUCAUUUGUACCUCAAUACCAACUGUGGGCUGAGGGCUUUGAUUGCCAUCUAUCAGUUGGGGCAGCUCUUCUUGAACUACAGUGGGGUGGACUUUCAUAACAUUGUGUAUGACGAAGUGAGGAAUUCGCUUGCGGUGCGAAUGACGGUAUACAUACGGCCAUGGCUGUUGCUAUGGCGCACCAUAAACUUGGAGCUCUUUGCAUUACUCGAACUUGAAGAUGUUAUAGUGCCGUUAUCAGAAAUUGACCAGAGUGGGAUAUUCUGGCAGAAAGGGCAAACGGUCAAGAAGGUGAAAGUGCAGCGCGAUUACUUCCAGCGGGAUCCUUUGGUGCAAUUCAUCCCCGUCAUAGGACAGAUUUACAACUCCAACACGCUGCGGUUGAUCAUAGGGAACACGCAGGCGCUUCUCUUCCAGAUCUUUCAAUGGGUGAUCACUCUUUUGUUGCCUCCCAAGCUAUGGCACCGGUGGUUCGGCCUCUACAGUUUCGAUGUCGCAUUCCAUGGUGAGUAAGCAAGCUCAUUCCUCUCUCGCAAGGAAGAGACUAAGUUAGCGCCUCCUCACCUCAUUGCUGACCCUUACCGGAGUGACUGAGAUUUUGCCUAGAUGGGUCCACCGCAAGGCGGUCAAAAGCUACGGUCAAAAUACUUGUACUCACCAGCCAAAUUUUCUUUUUUAUUAAUUCUAUUUUAUAUAUACACAUACAUUUAUCAAUUCAAUGACGAAUGUUGCGACGCAAACACUGAAGAAGCGCAUUGAAGAGCACUAUCUUCACGAUGCGCAAGUGCAUCCUCCUCCCCCCCUCCCUCUGUUCAUCCGUUCCUCUGCAUCCCGGAUUUAUUCAUUCGUUUGAUGGGUAUAUGGAUGGAUGGAUGGAUGGAUGGAUGAAGUUGUUUGUGAUGAGGACAAUGAAGGUCAAUCCGCCUGAGUGUACAUGGCUGCAUCGUAUUGGACUGUACUUAACUGCCAUUACGUGUUGCAAUACUGUUCUUUGGGUUGUAAUCGACCUUUUAUGUGGAUACAUUAUUGAGAAUUAAUCUUUUAUAAUA